ACCAAGGGGGGGCAAAUGUGGUCUCAAGCCACAGCACAGCUGGAAAAAACAGCAGCAGCUUUCUCUCUGCACCAUGCUCUUCAGCCAAAACUAACCUGUUGGUUUUGUCCCUUUCCAGGUCUCUUCACACUCCUGGUCGAAGAUUUUGGGGUCAAAGGGGUGCAGGUUGAAGAGAUUUAUGAUCUGCAGAGCAAAUGCCAAGGCCCUGUGUAUGGGUUCAUCUUCCUGUUCAAGUGGAUUGAGGAGCGCAGAUCCCGCCGGAAGGUCUCUACCCUGGUGGACGAGACGUCAGUGAUCGACGAUGACAUCGUUAAUAACAUGUUCUUUGCUCACCAGCUGAUCCCCAAUUCCUGUGCCACCCACGCCCUGCUGAGCGUCCUCCUGAACUGCAACAAUGUUGACCUGGGCCCCACAUUGAGUCGCAUGAAGGAUUUCACCAAAGGAUUCAGCCCUGAGAGUAAAGGCUAUGCCAUCGGCAAUGCCCCCGAGCUGGCCAAGGCGCACAACAGCCAUGCCAGACCAGAGCCACGGCACUUGCCAGAGAAACAGAAUGGGAUCAGUGCUGUGCGAACCAUGGAGGCUUUCCAUUUUGUCAGCUAUGUCCCUAUCAAGGGACGGCUGUUUGAGCUGGAUGGGCUGAAGGUCUAUCCCAUUGACCAUGGGCCCUGGGCUGACGAUGAGGAAUGGACAGACAAAGCCAGGAGAGUGAUCAUGGAGCGCAUCGGCCUGGCCACUGCAGGGGAGCCAUACCACGACAUCCGUUUCAACCUGAUGGCAGUGGUUCCUGAUCGGAGGAUGAAAUAUGAGUCUAAGCUCCAUAUCCUGAAGAUGAAUCGCCAGACUGUGCUGGAGGCCCUGCAGCAGCUUAUCCGAGUCACUCAGCCUGAGCUGAUCCAGUCCCAGAAGUCUCAGGAAUCUCAGUCUCCUGAAGAGGCAAAGCCAGCCAACAGCAAGACUGUGGCCCCAGAGAGUACCCAUCCAGACAGCACUGAUGAGCCUGCCAGCCAGGGCCACACCACGGCCACACAGAGCCCACCCACCAAAUCAAAACCAAUGGCAAAGGCAUCAGCGAGCAGCAUCAAUGGGGUGCCUCCAGCAAACCCCAACCCCAUCGUGCAGAGGCUGCCGGCCUUCCUGGAUAAUCACAACUACGCCAAGUCCCCCAUGCAGGAGGAGGAAGACCUUGCGGCAGGGGUGGGUCGCAGCCGGGUCCCGGUCCGACAGCACCAGCAGUACUCAGAUGAUGAGGAUGACUAUGAUGAUGACGAGGAGGAGGAAGUUCGUAACACCAACUCGGCCAUCAGGUACAAAAGGAAGGGGCAGGUAAAGCAAGAGCACGCAGCGGGGGCCGCGGAUGGCCAGCUCUCCGUCCUCCAGCCCAACACCAUCAACGUCCUGGCUGAGAAGCUGAAGGAGUCCCAGAAGGAUCUCUCCAUUCCCCUGUCCAUCAAGACGAGUGGUGGUGGAGCUGCUGUGGCCAUUGUCACUCACUCCCAGCCCUCUCCCACCCCCAGCAAUGAGAGCACGGACACCGCCUCCGAGAUCGGCAGCGCCUUCAACUCCCCGCUGCGCUCUCCCAUCCGCUCGGCCAACCCCACGCGUCCCUCCAGCCCCGUCACAUCCCACAUCUCCAAGGUGCUGUUUGGGGAGGAGGACGGCCUCCUGCGCAUUGACUGCCUGCGCUACAACCGGGCCGUCAGGGACCUGGGGCCCAUCAUCAGCUCUGGGCUGCUGCAUCUCACAGAGGACGGCGUGUUCUGCCCGCUGGCUGCUGCAGAUGGGGGGAAAAGCUCCCCCCCUUCCAUCAAACCAGGUGAAGAAGCCCAGGUCACCAUCAAACUGGACGAGAAGGAGGGCAGUGAGGCCAGUGGCAGCAAAGAGAAGGUGGGACUUGGCAGGACCAGUGAUCACCCUGGGGGGGAAAAGUAUUCUCCCAAGGAGCUGCUGGCACUGCUGAAGUGUGUGGAAGCGGAGAUUGCAAACUAUGAGGCUUGCUUGAAGGAGGAGGUUGAGAAGAGGAAGAAAUUCAAGAUCGACGACCAGAGGAGAACCCACAACUAUGAUGAGUUCAUCUGUACCUUCAUCUCCAUGCUGGCCCAGGAAGGCAUGCUGGCGAGCCUCGUGGAGCAGAACAUCUCCGUCCGCAGGCGGCAGGGGGUCAGCAUCGGCCGUCUGCACAAGCAGAGGAAGCCGGAUCGCCGGAAACGCUCCCGUCCAUACAAAGCCAAGAGACAGUAGCCUUGGGGUUGAGACUGAGAGGAGCUCGCCCUCGUGGCUCUGGGCAGUGGCACAUGGAUAUAUGUUACCCUUUGCCUGAGGAAGGGGGACCCCAGCGAGAAGCCUUUAGCUGAGGUGGAGCCUGGGGACAAGCAGAAAUUGGGUUUUCCUCCGAGCCCAAAAGGCAGCAAGGCCUUGUCUUGAGGAGAGCCCUGCAGCCAAAGGCGAGGCCGAGUGCCCUGCUGCCUGUCUGGCUGUGGCCACACUCGGGUGCCUUGGGCCUGUCUUGGGGCCGUGGCUGGUGAUGGGAGGAGGGGAAGAGCCCACCUGGCCGGGGGGCUGGGCACCACGGGGGCACUGGGGCUGCUGAUGCGAGGCUGUGCUGGCCACAGCUGCCUGGGCUGGUGCUCUGCUGUGUCCAGGCCUUCAGCUCUGCGCUUCCCCAGGACCCUCACACCUGUGUUUUCUGUUCUUUAUCUUCCUUGACUAAAUUGGUUUUCUGGUUCUGACCUGCUUUUUGGCUGUGGCUGAGCAAAGCAGCUCCUGGACAGAACUGCUCUCCAGCACUGUGGCCCUGUGUGACCCCACCUGUGUGCUGAUCCCCUGGGGUGGCAGUGCCACCUGUCCCCAGGGCUAGAGUCCCCCCUGGACCUUGUCCCUACCUUUCUGUGGUGGUGCUGGGAGGGCAAGUGGCCUGCUUCUAGAGCUGCUCUGCUAAGGACCAGCAGUGUGGCCCUGGCAGUGUUUCUGGGUCACACACAAUUGCUCCUUGUUCCCAGAGAACUGUGAAUGAAGAACGCAAGGUUGGUGGCUUGGCCUUCAUGCUGGGGGGCUGGAAGCUGGACCUGGAAUUGCCUGGUGCCCUGAGCAGAGCCUUUCAGACUGGGAAGAGGUGACAGGAAUUUCAGUGGCAGGCAGAAACGGGAUGGAGCCCAAAGCUGCUUUUGUUGCCCAAGCAGGCUGCAGUGCAGGAGACUUGCUGGCCACGCAGACCCCAUUCCUGCCCCCCAGCCCACUCUGUUCUUGCAGAAGGUUUCUGCCCUGUCCCCAGCAGCCAGAGGUUAGCACCUGUCCCCUGUGCUGAUGGGGGAAGAAGUAGCUGUGAUGGGGGCGAGACGAACAGCUGCAGGGGGGACUGACUUUGCCAAAUGUGCAAAUUUGUACAGAUCUUGACCGUGGUAAUUUUUUUUUUCUUUUUGUACUUGUUGAAGGAAAGAAAAUCCUUCUGUUUCUUGCUGUGUCUCAUACCAAGUGCUGUAUGUAAUGGAUCUGUCUGAAGGAAUAAAGCUCUCCUGUAACA